AUUUUUUCCCCGGCAUUUUAGACAGCGGAUAAAAAUGGUGUUUUUGUUAGCAGUUUUUUCUCUUGUAAAUACGUCAUUGGCUCUUCCAGGCAUUGUGGAAACUAUCGCUGGAGGAGGCUUGCCCCACAAAGGAAAGAAAACAGAUUGCAAUGAUCUUGGUAACUCAAAAGACGGUCAAGGCGAAGAGGCUAGAUUUAAUUACCCAUGGGGCAUUGCAUACGAUCACUAUAAUCAUGCUGUUUAUGUGGCUGAUUGUGGUUGUCUAGAUUCAGAGCACAGCACAGAUAAAAUUAGAAAAGUAGACCUGAAAACUAGAAAAGUAACCACUAUAGCAGGAUCCACUCAAGGAUUUGCAAAUGGAUUUGGCAAAGAAGCUCAUUUUAAACACAUUGCAGGGAUAACAUUAGAUCCAGAAAUGGAAAUGUUGUACAUUGCGGACAGUGGGAAUCAUCGUAUAAGAGUACUCUAUUUAGCAAACAAUAAAGUUGAUACAAUUGCGGGGUUGUCCACCCCUGGUUUGGUUGAUCAAAGUACAGUUUCAUCUUUGUUUUACAAUCCACAAAGUGUAGCAGUGUUUAGAACACAAGAUGGUAAACGAUUGCUAUAUGUGGCUGAUACGGAUAACCAUGCAAUUAGAGUCAUCCACCUAAACACAGACUCUUCAGGUUAUGUGAAAACCUUGGCAGGUGGAACUAAAGGAUUUAAAGAUGGUGUCAAGUUACAGGCGCAAUUCUUUCAUCCAGUCGACAUUGCAAUAGAUGGUGUCGGUAUUUACAUGUAUAUUUCUGAUCAUUUUAAUCACGCUAUCCGAAGAUUAGAACUAGCAACAGGUGAAGUGAUGACGCUAACCGAAAAAGGAUUUAGUACUGGCGUUGGUUGGGAUGGAAAUCCAAGCCAUGUGACUUUUCAUUAUCCAGAAGGCUUGGUAUAUGACCCUGACCAUCAUAUUUUAUACGUGUGCGAAUUUGAAAAUCAUGACGUACGUGUUGUGACGACGGAGGGUUUGGUUAAAACGCUAGCUGGAGAAUUCAAAGGCAAGAAAAAUGGGGUGGGUAAAGUGGCACGCUUUUACCACCCAUCUGGGCUGUCGUUCGAUAGAAAACGAAGAAAACUCUACGUAUCUGAUCAGUAUAACCAUCUUAUACGGAGCAUUACUGGUAUUGGAUCAAAACAGAAAUAUGCUUCAGUUCCUGAUAAAAAGAACUUAACACGAAUUUAUGGAGGGCACAAGCCGCCGUCAAACCCGUGGUUGUUCUUGGUUACCCUGGGUGUUGCAUUGAUGUUAUUUGGAGCAUUGGUGUUGCGUCCGUGUUUCAGACUUUGUUUUAAAUUUAUUAACGAUAAGUCGUGUUCAGUUGUAAAUGGGAAAUGAUUUCUGCGAUUCUUUAUAUUUAUUUUGUAUUUUAGUAAAUUUUUUUGAGGUAUUAUUUUAUUUAUUAAUAGCAGUGUUUGUAAAAUCAUAAGUGUUGUGUUUUCUGUUGUCCGAAUUUGUGUCUUGUCACUGUUUUGUUAAUAUGAGUUUGUACUGAUAUUUUGCUGUGAAAAAAAGUUUUGAUACUA